AUGGCUGCGGAGGAUGCGGCCGCGCGGUUCCGAGCCGGAGCCCUGCUCUCCCGCGGGGCUCCGCUCUCUCUGUCCCGCCUGCUGCUGCUCUCCCUGUCCGCCUGCUCUCUGCUCCCCGCCCCGGCGCUCGGCUUGCUCGGCUUUCGGCCGGAGGAGACCGGGGCGGAGCUGUCCGUGGAGGACGGGGUGCUGAAAGCCACCGAGGGGACCCGCUUCAUGCUGCGGGUUUAUUACUCCACCUCCCCGCAGAGGCUCAACCGCACCGCGGGGACUCGCGCCAACAACGCCGCACCCUGGAUCGCCUUCAUCGAGGAGCCAACUCCUGGGCGAGAGGGACAAGUUCACCCGAAGCGGAACAUGUGCAUGGACAAGAAUGCCAGGACGUCCGACAUCGAGGUUUUAGGUUCUUUCAAGUCUGCUUCGAGUCAGAACUCGGUGCUGGUGGAGCUGCUGGCCAAGGACCUGCGGAGGGGGGAGAAGAUCAAAUACUACUCCAUGUGCGCCUUCGACGGAUCCAAAUGGGAACACUACCGGACCAGGGAUUUCUGGGUGGCCGUGGCGGAGCGCUCGGCUGUCCCGGAGCUCUGGCUGCAGGUGCUGGUGUCUGUCUUGCUGCUCGGGCUCUCAGCUCUGUUCAGCGGGCUGAAUCUGAGCCUGCUGGCGCUGGACCCGGUGGAGCUGCAGGUCCUGCAGAACAGCGGCACCGACAAGGAGCAGAACUACGCGCGCAAAAUCGAGUCGGUGCGUCGGCACGGUAACUACGUCCUCUGCACUUUACUGCUCGGGACCGCGAUCAUCAACGCCUCGCUCGCCGUGUGGAUGUGCCAGAUCCUGGGCAUGACCUGGCUCUCCACGGUCAUCUGCGCCUUCGGUAUUUUCUUCAUCGGGGAGAUCCUUCCACACUCGGUGGCGUCGCGUCACGGUCUGGCCAUCGCCUCCAAAACCAUCUGGGUGACGCGACUGCUGAUGGUGCUCUCCUUCCCCAUCUCCUACCCCAUCAGCAAACUGCUGGACCUCAUCCUCAACCAGGAGAUCUCCAACUUUUACACCAGAGAGAAACUCCUGGAGAUGCUGCGCGUCACCGACCCGUACCACGACCUAGUCAAAGAGGAGCUCAACAUCAUCCAGGGAGCGCUGGAGCUGCGCACCAAAACCGUGGAGGACGUCCUGACGCCGCUCACCGACUGCUUCAUGCUGGCCUCGGACGUGGUGCUUGACUUCAACACCAUGUCAGAUAUCAUGCAGAGUGGAUACACGAGGAUACCGGUGUUUGAGAACGAGCGGUCCAACAUCGUGGACAUCCUGUUCGUCAAGGACCUCGCGUUCGUGGACCCGGACGACUGCACCCCGCUGAAGACCAUCACCCAGUUCUACAAGCACCCGCUGCACUGCGUCUUCAACGACACCAAACUGGACGCCAUGCUGGAGGAGUUCAAGAAAGGGAAAUCCCACCUCGCCAUCGUGCAGCGAGUGAACAACGAGGGCGAGGGCGACCCAUUCUAUGAGGUGAUGGGCAUCGUCACACUGGAGGACGUCAUCGAGGAGAUCAUCAAGUCAGAGAUCCUGGAUGAGACAGACCUCUACACUGACAAUCGUUCGAAGCGUCGUGUUUCUCACCACGAGCGGAAGCAGCAGGACUUCUCCAUCUUCAAACUGUCAGAGAAUGAGAUGAAAGUGAAGAUCUCUCCUCAGCUUCUCCUGGCAACGCACCGCUUCCUCUCCACAGAGGUGGAACCCUUCAAACCAGCUCAUAUCUCAGAGAAGAUCUUGUUGAGACUAAUCAAACACCCCAGUGUGGUUCAAGAACUCAAGUUUGAUGACAAGAACAAGCGAGCGCAACAGCACUUCCUGUUCCAGCGCAACAAACCAGUGGAAUAUUUCGUCCUGGUGCUGCAGGGUCGAGUUGAGGUGGAGUUCGGUAAAGAAGCGCUAAAGUUUGAGAACGGAGCUUUUUCUUACUUUGGAGUACCUGCCAUCAUGCCAACAGUCCACAGAUCCCCCUCUCGCAGCAGUGGUUUGGACCGCUCUGAGUCCAUGCUGUACGGAGGAAGCAUGGGCCAGCUGAACGGAGGGGGGAACGUCUAUCUGCCAGACUACUCAGUGAGACAGCUCACACAUCUGCAGAUCAUCAAGAUCACCCGGAGCCACUACCAGAACGCUGUAACAGCCACCCGGAUGGACAGCUCUCCUCAGACGCCCGAUGCCGACGCCCGUCUGGCAGAGGGCAACACGCUGACCCCAGAGGCCCCGGCGGCCGAGCACUCAGCCACCCUGAUGCCCCCACAGCACACCACUACCACCACCCUCAUGCCCCCACCCAGAGAGCCGAGCCGACCCGGCUCAGCCCGGACACGAGGACAGCAGUCCAGCGUCCCGCACAGCACCUCCCUGCUGAACGAGAAGAACCGCAUCGUCCGAAGUAAGUCUGAUGGCCAGAAGAGUCCCAGUGAUUCAGUGUUUCUCAGGAUGGAUGAGAUCCCGUACAUCAGAGAGGACAGACCUGAGACCGACACACACACUGACAUGGCCUCUGUUCCCAUAGAAACGGACACGUCUCCUUUCAUCAGCAGCCUAUCGCUGAGCGGCUCAGAGGACACACUCGGCAAGAAACUCCUGCUCAAACUCAGUCACAAGAAGAGGAAAAAAUCCCGCGAGGGAGAGAAAACACCAGAGGACAUUUCAGAACAGCCACGGGUGAAAACCUAG